AAAAUCUCAGUGCCCAGUGUGUUUUGUACAGUUUCUUGGUACAGUUUUGUAACGGUUACGCAUAGGAGGGAAGGCUUUGAUACAAAUUUUAUAUUUCAUUUGCGUGGAUUCUACCCUGCCUAUGAAUGAUGGCAGUGACGAAGCGUCAUCCAGGCCGAGUGUGUGUGGUGGUACUGGGAGAUGUGGGGCGCAGUCCGCGCAUGUGCUACCACGCCCAGUCCCUGGCCUCCCGCGGACACCCCGUGGACGUGGUGGGCUACAUGCGCAAGGACGCUGAGAAAUUGGCCGUGGCUCGCUCGGCCACUCUGUACCCGCUGUGGCAGGUGCCAGGAUGGAUAUCAGGCUGCCCAGGACUGCUGGCCUACCUGCUGAAGGCCUUGUGGCAGGCAGUGGUGCUGUUCAUCAUCCUGAUGACGCUGCCACACUUCUCCAGUCUGCUGAUGCAGAAUCCCCCAGGAGUGCCCGCUAUGCCGGUGUGCUGGCUGGCCUGUCGUCUGCGCCGAGCCCGCCUGGUCGUCGACUGGCACAACUACUCCUACACCAUCAUGGCGCUGAGUGUGGGGAGACAGAGCCCCCUCGUUAAAAUCACCAGGUGGCUGGAAGGCGUGUUUGGUCGCCGAGCUGAUGCCAAUCUCUGCGUGACUCGAGCCAUGCAGCAGGACCUGGCCAAAAACUGGGGAGUCGUCGCGGAGCCGCUUCACGACCGUCCGGCGGCGCGGUUUCACCCGAUCCCACCUGAGGAGACCCACGAGCUGUUUGUCAGACUGGGGAAGAUCUACCAGGCGUUCAGCACCACCGUACCGGACAGGACCGCAUUCACAGAACGUCACGCUGACGGUUCAGUGGCGCUGUUCGACGACCGGCCGGGCCUGCUGGUGUCGGGAACCAGCUGGACCGAGGAUGAGGACUUCUCCGUACUCCUGCACGCCCUGCAAGAGUACGAGUCUGCCAGGGAGGAGGGCGGUCACGACCUGCCCCGGCUGGUGUGCGUCAUCACGGGCCGCGGGCCGCUCAAAGAGUUCUACUGUCAGCUGAUGGAGCGCAAACACUGGAAUCACGUGGAGGUGCUCACGCCGUGGCUGGAGGAGGACGACUACCCGCGGCUACUCGCCAGCGCGGACCUGGGCGUCAGCCUGCACACCUCCUCCAGCGGCCUGGACCUGCCGAUGAAGGUGGUGGACAUGUUCGGCGCCGGACUGCCCGUCUGCGCCUUCGACUUCAAAUGCCUAUCGGAACUGGUCGAGCACGGCGAGAACGGGUUCGUCUUCAACUCCGCCUCCCAACUCGCCGAGCAGCUGAUCGCCUGGUUCCGAGGUUUUCCGCACAGCCAACAGAUGGCAGCACUGCGGCGCCGCUUCAGACAGCGUAUUGGCGAGUUCCGAAGUCAGGGUUGGGAGGCUAACUGGGAGAGACACGCGCGUCACCUGUUUGAUGAUGUGUGACGUCAGAUCGGGGGACGGUGAUGUGAAGGGGUGAUAUCAGGGGACAAGAGGGAUAUCCGGCAGGGGCCAGCGGGGGUUUCUGACUGACGUGGUCGCUGUUCAGUGUGCCGUUGCUGCUCAGGUGAAAUCCUUUCUAUGGUUAGGUACGAUGUCGGGGUUAAUUCCUCUGAUAGGUUUGAAAUGCAUGGGCUUACCAGUGAUGUUUCUUCAUGGGUCAGAUUGUCCAUUGACAUUAAAUCACUUAUGAUGUCACGGUCAAUGUAGUUAUGACGUGUUAUCAUAGCCGGAGCAUGAUGGUCCAACUCUAAACCCAUCGCCCAUCUAACUCGUCGCCCUCAAAAUCCCCAGACUUGGUCACACUCUUAUCCAAGCCCACACACAUCAAACCAUCCAAAAACUCCUCGUUUUCUCUCCCCACACUUCAAACAGCUCACAAUACCUGUUUACCUACCGGACGUUUGACCACACACCUCAAAAAUCGUAACCGACAACCAGCCUGCGGCGGCUGCCCGUGUGGAGACAACCCAUACAAAACCUACGCCAUUGUCGAGCUGGGUGGCGUUUUUCCGUAGUUUUUCGGUCGAUUGUUGUGGUGUGCGCGUUGACGCUCGUUUGUGAAGCGAUGGGAGACACCUCAAUGGGCACGUGAUGUGUUUUCUGUCUUCUGUACGUGACUGCUCAAGUUUCCAGUUGAGCUGUGCAUGUCUGAUCAGUCUUCAGUCCGGGGUGUGGUGGAUCAGUCUUCAGUCAAUGUGUGUUACUGAUUAUGAAUAAGUCACGGGCUUGUUGCUGUUCGGUCGGGCGAGUUGGAGAAGGGAGAGCGAAUUUUCCAAUCUUCAGUCACAGGCUGUGCAGAUAGAUGCAGUUUUUUUUUUGGGGGGGGGGGGUUCGGUAUAAAUUUAGCAGAGGGUUUUGUCCAAAGGAACAGCUAUGUUCGUCCCUACGUCAUUUGGAUUAUGAAUGGUGUUCAGCGUUUGAAGAGCAGGAUUGUAGCUGGAGUAGAGGUAGGGUGCUAGAAUUGGGGUGGGUUGUUAGGACUGUAAGGUGCGAUGGCAGUUUCGAGUAUAGGACAGGGAUGUGAGUCAUGUAGAAGGAGCCAGUCAAGUGAGAAAUAUGGUUGCGGGCGGGAGUGGUAGGCACUCGUCGGUUGUAUUGUUCGACAGGGCAAAGUGGCCAUUCCUGAUUACUCUUCCCGGACACUGUGUUGUGCCAUUUACGCACGCAAGGAUAGAGCAGACAAUUAUUGUGACAGCACUAACGCAGAACUACAAACUGUAUACGAAAUAGAAUGCACUGAUGGGACCUACGGCGAAUAGGUAUAGAAUAUUUAGAAGGUAUGUGAUAUGUUGUUCGUUAUUCAAUGAACAUUACCGGAGGGGCGAUAAACGUCAGAAAUGAUAGCGGCCAUUGCACAAGCACGUAUUAACAAGCCAACGGUGCCUUCAAUCCGUGUGUUACACAGUCUCUUCCCAGUGUAAAUUAUGCCAGUCUUCUGCAG